UUUUGUUCUCACACACGCAACCAGUAAGUUCCAAAACCUCGAUGUUUGCAAGAACUUUUAGAGCACCAAGAUUAGGAAUUCUACAUUAACCUUUUCCUUAACUUACGGUUAAUUACUACUACUUAGAAGCAAGAAUCAGAGCUGUUUCAAUCAGACCAAACCAAAUCCUUCCGGAUCUCAUGGAGAGUAGGCAUGAAGAAAGAGAGAGAGAGAGCGCUGCAAAACUAGUUGUUUUUCUGUCCGAAUCUUUUUACAAUCUAUCAAGUCGUCAAAUUGCAAGUUAUUUGGUUUAUCGAAUUUAUAUUUGAUAAUUCAAAGUAUGUAACAACUAGAUAAAAUCAAAACCUCGGUUACUCAAAAGGAGAAAAAAAAAGAAGAUCUCGAGAGAUGGAGGAAGAACUCAAGAACUUCAUUAAGGUUUGGGUUUCAGCAUUCAUUUCAGUUACUUAUUGUUACUACAUAUCAACUAGAAUCAAAGCUGGUGUCUUUCGAUUACUCUCUGUUCUUCCUAUAUGUGUUUUGUAUCAUAUUUUUCCUCUGUUUUUCUCCUCUGGUUCCGCUGCUUUUUUCCUCACAUGGCUGGCCAAUUUCAAACUCAUCCUCUUCUCCUUCUUCGACCAAGGUCCUCUUUUACCAACUCCACCUAGUAUCUCCCAAUUCAUCUGCUUCACUUGCUUCCCCAUUAAGCCACUAAAAAACCCUAAAUCUCAAGAUCAAAAGCCUAAAUGGGUUUUCGCCAUUAAAGUUGCCAUAUUUGGUGUGUUGUUACAAAUGUAUGAAUAUAAACAAUACAUGUCUCCGACUAUGCUAUUGGUUCUCUAUUCUCUGCACAUAUACUUGGAGUAUGAGAUUCUUUUAGCUCCUCUGAAACUUCUGCUUAGUAUCACACUUGGGUGUGACCUCGAGCCACAGUUCAAUGAACCAUACUUAGCCACCUCUCUUCAAGACUUCUGGGGUCGUCGUUGGAACCUCAUGGUUCCCGCGAUUCUCAGGCCGUCCGUCUACGUCCCGGUACGACGAAUGGCCGGUCCGAAAAUGAACUCUGAUCAAGCAAUGUUCUUGGGGGUUUUUGCGUCGUUCCUAGUCUCCGGUGCAGUUCACGAGCUGAUCUUCUUCUAUUUUACACGUGAAUCGCCUACAGGAGAAGUCACUUGGUUCUUUGUAUUACAUGGAGUUUGCACUGCCGCUGAAGGAGCGGCCAAGAGGACGAGCUUGGUGCGGCGGUGGAAGAUGUGUCCGAUGAUUUCACGACUACUUACGGUGGGUUUUGUGGUUGUGACUGGUGGCUGGUUGUUUUUCCCUCAGCUUACAAGGAGUGGCAUGAUCGAGAGACUCGCUGAUGAAGCAUUUGUGUCCAUUGAUUUCGUCAAGCACAAUCUUUUCUACCUUUGGAGGAAUAGAUCGCUAAAAUCGUAGACAAGGGGGGACGUACGUUACGUAAACCGGGGCACUUGCCACGGUUAAA